GUUUUAUUUUCAUAAUAUAUAAUGUCACCAAAAAAAUUGCGUGCAAUUGCAACGAAUCAAUCACGACGAUCGGGUAAAAUGUCUUUAAAAAGACGUAUGAAAGGAGUUCGCAAUGGUAAUAAGAAUUGUAAAAUUGUGAGUGAGGAUACAACUAUCAAUAAGCAGCCAACAAAUGUAUUUUUUGAAUCGUCCACAACUGGAGCUGCAGAUGGAUCACUUCCAGGACCAUCAUUUGAAGUAUACAAUACUCCAAUGUAUGAUGAUUUAUUUUGUGAGCAAUCAACAAAUAUUAUUGCUGAUUCUCCUACAUUAGAACCAGAUGAUAAAUCUCUUCCAGGACUGUCGAUUAAAAUAACUAAUCCUCCUGAAACAGCAACAGAAGUAUGUUCUUUGGGUCGUCGAAUAGUGGACAUAUUUUACGUAUUUGAACAAAUUAAAAAAUGUAUCCACGAAGGGGGUUUUGGAUGUACUUUCAUGGAUAUGGAGUUUGUACGUGAAAUACGUUUUGGUCUACGGUCGCAAUUUCAAUUCACAUGUAAAAUGUGUAAAGUUAACAUGAAAAUUGAGUCUGAAAAAAAGGUCCCAGAGACAUAUCUGCCUAUAAAUUUAGCAGCAAUCAGUGGUUCAAUAUCUAUCGGAAUAGGAUAUUCACAACUCGAUGAAAUAUUAGCUUCCACCGAUAUUCCAUGUAUGAGCAGCAGUACAUUUUUAUCUGGUCAAGAAGAAAUCGGUGACAAAAUUCAUUGUAUUGCCCAAGACGCAAUGAGAUUAGCCGGUGAAGAAGAAAGGCGAUUAGCGAUCGAAGCAAAUGAAUUAGAUAUAGAUGGUAUACCUAUGUGCACAGUUGUAGCUGACGGUCAGUGGUCCAAACGUAGCUACAAAACUAAGUAUGAUGCUUUGUCCGGCGUGGUAAAUACAAUAACUGUACAGUUAUACCUACUUAUAAAAAUA